AUGGCGCCCGUACCCAAAGUCCCAGCAUUCAGCAUUUCUCCGCCGUCAACCAAACACUGCAUCUUGUCAUACCCCACGCCAGAAAUAUUGGUCGUGACGUUGAACCGACCGAAGCAACUCAACUGUAUCAGUGCAGAAGGCAACCAAGAAUUAGAUGCUGUGUGGAAGUGGUUGGACGCUGAGCCAAAGUUGUGUGUGGGCAUUCUCACAGGCACUGGUCGGGCCUUUUGCGCGGGCGCUGACCUCAAAGAGUGGAAUCAAUCCAAUGCGUCAGGUAAAGAGACCAAGAUGCCAUCUUCAGGCUUUGGCGGAUUGUCACGCCGCCGCGGACGCAAGCCAGUGAUAGCUGCAGUCAACGGCAUCUGUUUCGGCGGCGGCUGUGAGAUGGCCAUCAACAGCGACAUGGUAUUUGCUUCCUCGUCGGCCACCUUUGCUCUCCCCGAGGUCAAACGAGGUGUUGUGGCCAUCGCAGGAGCUCUUCCUCGUAUUGCGCGUGUAGUGGGCAAGCAGCGUGCCAUGGAGAUGACUCUGACUGGACGUGUGUUGAAGGCUGAAGAGGCUCGGGAAUGGGGGUUGGUCAAUCGUGUGGUCGAGGGAGACGUGCUGGAUGAGUGCGUGGCCGUGGCCAAGGAGAUUGCAGGAAACAGUCCUGACGCUGUCAUUGUCAGUCGCGAGGGCGUCAACCUAGCAUGGGACGGCUUGGGAGCAGAUGCAGCGACUGAGAAGUUGAUUGCAGAGACAUAUCCGAAGCUUCUGCAGGGGGAGAACAUUCACGAGGGAGUCAAGGCCUUUGUCGAGAAGAGGAAGCCUAGAUGGGUAGCUAGUAAGCUUUGA